AUGACGGGUGUUCAAGAGCUUGAAGCCGAUUUGGUGGAAACAGUGUUUCUUCUGAAGCAAGCAACGCGACAAAACACAAAAGUUCUGCUUGAAAAAGAAGAACGGCGCCUGAAGCAACUGAUUGCUGAAUCGACUCCCAAGGCAACUUCAUCCGCAAAGGAACUUUCAUCUACCGCUACUAGCGGGGCACUACUACCCACAUCGAAAAUCACGAAUUAUGCUUGGGAUCAAAGUCCGAAGUUUGUGAAGAUUUACAUCACUCUUGAUGGAAUUCACACUGCGCCUGCAGAUUUGAUCAAAAGCAAUUUUACUGAAAGAGGAUUUUCCAUUCACAUCAGCAACUUUAAAGGAAAGAAUCAUGCCGUCGAGAUGAUCGACCUCCAAUAUCCAAUAGUGACCAAGGAUUCCUACGUGAAACAAAAAACGGAUAUGUUGCUGGUGAUGUUGCGCAAAGAAAGCGAGGAAAAGCAUUGGGAUGAAAUCACUCGUUUAGAUGCUGAGCUCAAAAAGAAAAAUGCUCCCAAGUUCGACACGCCUGGCUCGGCAAGUGACCCAAAUGAAUCACUUAUGUCGAUGAUGAAAGAACUUUAUGACAAUGGGGAUGAUGAAAUGAAAAGAACCCUUCGCAAAGCUUGGCACGAGGGCCAACAAAAGAAACACACAGAUGGUCUAGCCGAUUCA